AUCUCACUGACUUAGCCAUAUCAGUACUGAGGAUGUCUAUGUCGAAUCACAAUAAUUAUUUAGAUAACGCCAUAUGUUUUCACUUUUCUUUUCAUAUACGAAGGUAUAAUUUUAGAAGAACAUUUUUGAAUAAUUGGAAACUGUUUGUGAACAAUACAUAAUGCCGAAGAACAAGAAAAGAGCUAAGGUACAGAAGGCUGGUGGUGUAGUGGUAUCUAGACCACCAACUGAUGAUGAAUAUGAUACAGCUGAUAAUAUUAGUACAGUUAGUCAUUUAUCAGAUGAUGUAGUCAGCAUUGCUGAGUCUGUUAAUGAAGCUGAAGUAGACGAAGCCAGCUCUCAAGAACUAUUUGAAGAUAAGCUGAAAGAAUAUAUUGAAGGUACAACACAGAAAUGUACUCAGGGAAGAAUAAAUUGUUUGGAAUUUAUCAAAUCUGCUUUGAGUAAAAAGUACAUGGAUGAGUUUUUGAUGGAUAGGAAAGUUACAUUAAGUGAAAAUUUAUUGAAAUGUAUAAAGAAAGGUAAAGGAGAUGAACAAGCAUUGGCUGUAACAUGUUUUACUUUGUUAAUAAUACAGUUAGGAAUAGAAGUUGAAGAUAUAUUCAACGAGUUCAGACCAAUGUUAUUGAAUCUAUUGAAUGAUCAUUCUGUAGCUUUAAAAGCCAGAUCACAGAGUACUAUUUGUUUGUCUAUUGGAAGUUUCUUAGCUUGUGAUGAUAUUGAAAUUGUAAAAAGUGUAAUGAAAAGUUUAGAAGAUGUAUUUAGAAGUUCAUAUAGGAAGGGAGAUAAUUCUACACCAAAUAUUAACACAGACACCUGUCAAUUUCAUUCAAAUGCCUUACAAGCUUGGUGUUUAUUGUUAUCUAUAGCCCCAGCAUUUAUAGUUAAUGAUGUUAUAGCUAGUCACCUUACUAAAAUACCUGAUUUAUUAUUUAGUAAAGAUUUAGAUUUAAAAAUAACAGCUGGUGAAACAUUGGCUUUGUUAUAUGAAUUAGCUAGAGAGACAGAUGAGGAGUUUGAAGGAGAUGACAUUGAAAGAUUGUGUGAAUUAUUAAAAAAUUUAGCCACUGACUGCCAGAAAUCUCAGGCUAGAAAAGAUAGAAAACAACAACGUUCCAGUUUUAGAGAUAUUCUCAGAGCAAUUGAGGAAGCUGACUCUCCUCGUACAUUAGUAAAAUUUGGUAGUGAACAAGUUUUAUUAAAUAGUUGGUCAAGAAAAAAACAAUACGAUAUAUUUUGUCAUGUUAUGGGUACUGGUGUAAACCUCCACUUACAGUUUAAUGAAUUAUUAAGACAGAUAUUUGAUUUGGGGCCAGUUAUACCUGUAGGUGCUGUAAGAACUAAAUUAUCUAAAUUUGAAAGGAAUCAGUAUAAAGCAGCAGCUUUUAAAGCUAGAACUAAAGCAAGAUCUAAACACAGAGACAAGAGAUCUGUUACUGCUAAUUGUUUUUGAUGAUGAUGAACCUUAGUUUGUUUUUUUAAUCAAAGAAUACAAGUGUUUUUAGUUCAAAAUGGUCUCAUGUACUAGACAUUUUUUAAUGUAAAACCAGACAAAUAUUUUUAUUUUUAUGGAUUUUGUUCUUGAUCAAAGUAUAAAUAUUGUUAUAAUUAUAAUUUUGUAAUAAAAAUUUGCACAUUAAAGAAAAUUUCAGGUUCAAUUUUUUAUACGAAAAUAUAAUUAGUUUUAUUUUGCUCAAGUUCAUAUCUUUUGUGAGUCAUUGUUAUUUAUGAAAUAUACAUCAAAAUGUUAGGUAUUUAAUAAAUUUUCUUUCUGCUGUGAUAUUGCUGCUUUUAUUCUAUCACUCUAAAUUUUCUUUGUAUAUAGUAAGGUGUAGUAUAAUAGUUUGAUAUUGCCCUGUCUACAUUGACCCAAAUGUAUAAUAAAAAAAUUUAAACACAUGCUUUUAAAGCCCAAAACAGAUACCAUAAAUGCCUGUUCAUUAAAAACAAAGGAAAUUGAAUCACUUCUGUUAUUGUUGUGUUAUGUGAUGUUUCUAUUAGAAACAAAAGUUAUAUGGAAAAUGAAAUAAUUUUGUAUAAAAAAAAAAAAUGGAACUGGUCAUUUAAAAAAAAAAAUAGUGCUUUAUAGUUAUAUUAUUUUGGAAAAAAAACAGGAGUAUAAACAAAAGAAAAAAACAUAAAAAGGAAAAUAAUAAACAGUUGUAAUUGGUUGUAUAUAGGUAUUUACAAAAUUUGUUUAUUUCUGUCAUAAUGUUAAGAAUGAUUUGUUUGAUGUUAGAUUGGUUAAAGAUAAUAAUGAAAAGUAAAAAAACUGAAAAUACAUCUUUGUUUGGUAUUGGGUUUCAAUAUGGUUGUACAAUCUUCUUUUUAAAAAGAUUUCUAUAAAAGUACAAUAAAUAAAACCUUUCUUU